AUUAUUUUAUUAAUUGGAAAGAGCAAAGAAACAACAACAACAAUAGUUAUAUUUACACAUUAAGAGUCUAUUGGAUUAACUGUUAAUUAUUUUUUUUUCUAAUUGUUUUUCAUCAUUUCGAGGUAAUUAAUUAGUUGAUUACUGAACAACAAUCAACUAUGAGUGAAGUAAAUAGAAAUCGAUUAAAGGAACUGGCUAAACGUCCGUAUAACAAUUUAUGCGCUGAUUGUGAUCAUCCAAAUCCUGAUUGGGCUUCGGUCACUAUUGGUGUUUUUUUGUGCGCUGAAUGUGCUCUUAUCCAUCGUGGUUUAGGUUCACACAUUUCAAGUGCCAAAUCAUUUGAUUACGACAAUUGGGAUCAAGAAUCGUUAACAGCCAUGGAACAGUAUGGUAACGAACUGGCCAAGGAACAUUACGAGAAACAUGUCCCACCCUAUUAUCGAAGGCCAAGUCACGAUGAUCCAAAUGUCCUUCGUGAACAAUGGAUUCGCGCAAAGUACGAGCGUAAAGAGUUCAUGCACCAGGUCGAUACGGUUUAUAGUCGAGGUUAUAUGGAAGGUUUCUUGAUGAAAAAAGGUAAAAAGGAUAAGAAAGUUGAGAGAAGAAAAUUUGUUCUAUCAGAAGUCGAUCAAACACUAAAAUAUUAUGUAAAAAGUAGCAGCAAAACACCCAAAGCGGUUAUUAACAUUCCCGAUUUAAAUGCAACUUUCUGUGAUCCAAUUAAACUGAAAACAAUUAAAAGUCCAAAUGCUUUACAAUUAACUUACCUGAAAGAUGGUAACACGAGGAGUAUUUAUGUUUAUGCUGAUGAUGGAAAGGAGAUAAUUGAUUGGUACAUGGCAAUUAGAGCUGCUAAAUAUCAACAUCUUCAGGUUUCUUAUCCAACUUGUCCACCGGUUGAAUUAUUACCUCUCUUGACUCGAGAUUUUCUUAAAGAAGGCCUCCUAUGGAAAACUGGACCUAAAGUGGGCGAUUCCUACAAGAAACGUUGGUUUACUCUUGACCAUCGUAAGUUAAUGUACUUGGAAGAUCCUUUGGAUCCAUUUCCUAAGGGUGAAAUAUAUUUGGGUGAAAAAGGUAAACAAUUUGCCAUUUCAUCUGGGAUUCCAGCUCCAUUGAAGCAACAUAUGUAUGGAUUCAUCCUGAAAACCCCUGAAAGAACCUGGUUGUUCAGUGCAGAUACGGAAGAGGAGAGGAAACACUGGAUCAGUGCGAUAUCAUCGGUACUCGAAACACCGGAAACACCUCAAGAUUGUCAAGUCUAUUUAAGACAUAACCUAAGAAACUCAGCAUCUUAUAAGAAAUCAAGAAGCAGCACUGGAAGUCAUCGUAAUAGUGGAUCAAGUUUCACUGGAACUCUGAGAAAGGGUAAAAAUUUCCUAUCCUUUAGUUGAUCAUUUAAUUAAUCUGAGUGCUUCUAAUUAACCCAAUUACCACGAUAUGUAAUAUAAACUUCAUCAUUGUCAAAAUCUCAUUAAAAAAAGUAUUGGCUAAACUUUCAAUUCGUUUCCUUGUUUUCA